GUGCAAGAACUCGCUUUCGGUCUUCAUUCUUGCUGGUGCUGGGUGCGCUGCUAUCAUGCCGGGCCUGCUGCUGGGGGACGAAGCGCCCAACUUCGAGGCGGACACCACCCACGGCCGGAUCCGCUUCCACGAGUUCCUAGGAAACUCAUGGGGUAUUCUCUUUUCUCAUCCACGGGAUUUCACUCCAGUUUGUACCACAGAGCUUGGACGAGCAGCAAAGCUGGCACCAGAAUUUGCCAAACGUAACAUAAAAAUGAUAGCCCUUUCCAUAGAUGAUGUCAAAGACCAUCUCGCUUGGAGCAAGGACAUCAAUGCCUACAAUAAGGAUGAGGCCACAGAGAAGCUCCCCUUUCCAAUAAUUGCUGACUCCAAGCGGGAGCUUGCAGUACAGUUGGGAAUGCUGGAUCCAGAUGAGAGAGACAAAGAGGGCAUGCCUCUGACUGCUCGUGUUGUAUUCGUAUUUGGCCCAGACAAGAAACUCAAACUUUCUAUCCUCUAUCCAGCAACAACAGGCAGAAACUUUGAUGAGAUUCUAAGAGUCAUUGAUUCCUUGCAGCUAACAGCUGCGAAGAAGGUUGCCACCCCAGUUGACUGGAAGCCUGGGGAUGAAGUCAUGGUAGUUCCAAGCCUAACAGAUGAAGAGGCCAAAAAGCUGUUUCCAAGUGGAAUUUGCACUAAAGAACUCCCGUCAGGCAAGAGAUACCUUCGUUACACCUCUCACCCAAAAUAGCAACCAGAAAGGAGAGGCUGAGCAAACCAGAAAGCUGAUUGUGGGGGGCUUUGUAGAACAGGCUAUGUAACUGCCUUGGGUGAAGGUGUGUUUGGAGAAAUUGUUGUUAAAGAUGGAAUAGUGAAGGCAUUCUCUUUAGUUUCUCCUUGGAAUGUGGUGGCUGAAUGUCCUUAGCCUGGCAUAGUUUCAACUAGCCAUCAGGCAACGCCUUUUUUUUUCUUCCAUACGAUCAGUUGUCUUGGGUCUCACAGAGUCUGUAAAAUUGUACUAACAGGCAGUUAAUGAUUUACUAACAAAUCUUCAGUUUUCUGUUCGGCCACAUAGGUAUAACUUCUGUACAUCAUCUGCUGUCCCCUCAGCACUGCAAACUUGUUAAUGGAAGAUAAAUUCUAUUUCUGCCAAUGUUUCCUGAUUGAAGUAGAGAGAAGAAUCUCAAACUGCACUUCUUUAUUUUUUAAACUCUGUACAGAUUAUUUGAAUUAAGGUUUCUUUGGUAAAAUUCAUGAGAGAGAAAUGGCAGUGCAUUUUUUCCACAGUGGGAAGUUCAUUCCAAUAGCUGUGUGCCUUUAUUACAAGAAAUGAACCUACCAUACUAGGUUAAAGUCCAUCAUGGAAAUUUGUGUUCAUUAUGCUAAUGCUGUAUUGGAGACCUGAAGCAGAUAUACCGAUCCUUUAUCUUUAACUUUAAGAUCAUUCAGAAAAUAAAAUUAGUGUCUAAAAUG